AUGGCAGGCUCUCCAGCACUGCUCUGGCUAGCUGACCCAUUGCUGCAGGCAACAAGGGGGCAGUGCCAGUUCUCCCACUCACAUGCCCUCAAGGCCAGCUCACCCUCACUGACACCACCAGGGCCAGCUCUACUGUGCUGCUCAGUUGAGGUGCAGAGUCCGCUCUCCCAAACGCUGCAGCUGGUGAAGGGCAGGAAUGCCAUAAUUAAUGGGAGAGACACAGUGAUCCACCUGAGCCAACAGGAGAGGGUCAGCAGUGAGUCCCAGAUGUUAAUCAUGGUGCAGGUGAUUAACAACAUGGAUGAAUUGAAAGAGUUGUUACGGGCUGCUGAGAGCAGGCUUGUGGUGGUGGAGUUCUCAGCAAGGUGGUGUGGCCCCUGCAAAAGGGUUGGCCCCAUUUUCCAGGCAAUGUCUUUAAAAUACCAAAACGUCAUGUUUGCCAAUGUGGAUGUGGAUGCAUCGAAGGAAUUGACUCAACUUUGUCACAUCAAAGCCGUACCCACAUUUCAGAUGUUCAAGCACACCAAAAAGGCGCUAAGUCAAAGUAUUUGCUUUUGCUGCUACUGGAUUUACAUUGGAGAAGUACAGGACAGUAGCUACGGCAUAGUUCCCCGCCACAUGGGACCUGAUAAUGAAGCCGCCAUGCAGAGGGAAGCAGAAUCCAGCUGA